AUGCUCUACGGAAUUAUCAUUGCCAGCAUAACUAUUUUAUACGCAGCCUGUACUGUCGCCUACCGGCUGUUUCUCCAUCCUUUGGCAAAAUUCCCUGGCCCAAAGCUGGCAGCCGCCUCGAAAUGGUAUGAAGCGUACUUUGAUCUCAUGAAGGGCCCUGGCGGCCAGUUCAUGCACGAGAUCAACCGAAUGCAUGAUAUAUAUGGACCUAUUGUGCGCAUCAACCCCGAUGAGCUCCAUGUGAAGGAUUCGAGUUGGUUUGAUACACUCUACUGUGGUCCUGCAACGGGCAAGAGAAAUAAAUACAAAGCUGCUGCGCACAUGACAGGUACACCAGAUGCGAUAUUCGGAACUGUGGAGCAUGAAACUCACAGACGAAGACGUGCGGCUAUUAGUCCAUUCUUUUCCAAAGCCAUGACGACAUCUGUUGAGCCUCUGAUAUACAACAAGGUGAAAGAGCUCUGUAAAACUGUCCAAUAUCAAGUUUCACAUUAUGGCCACACCGAAAUGCGGACCAACUUCCUGGCUUUUGCUACGGACACCGUCUGCGAGCACACAUUUGCCGACGUUGAAUUAUGCUUGUUACAAUCAGAACGCAAGGCAAAUGAUUGGAAGAAAACUAUCUAUACAUUUACAUGGAUUCUUCCCAUCGCACUAAAGUUACCAUUAGAUCUCCUACGCAAAUUCUUCCCGAGCGUGGCCGGUAUUGCAGAAUUUAGAGUGACAAUGGAGAAAAAGGCACGGCAGGCCACUCGAAGGUCGCGCGAUCAUACGAAACUCAAGACAUCUGAUCAUCAACUCGAUCUUUUUGAUAGCAUCCUCUCAAGCAAGUCAAUACCGACAGAUGACAAAUACGCGCAGCGAAUCGCCCAAGAGGGAUUCGUAGUCGUAGUUGCUGCCGGCGAGACCACGGCUCGGAUGUUGACCAACGCGUUGUACCAUGUCCUCGCCAAUCGACGCACAGUUCUGCCGGAGCUUCAGCGAGAGCUUACUGAGGCUAUCCCAGACCCGAAUACAAGAGUACCUCUGGCACGCUUGGAGAAGCUUCCAUGGCUGACUGCCGUCAUUAGGGAGUCUCUCCGUAUCACCGCAUUAGUAGCGUCAAGGCUACCGCUUGUUUGUCCGGACGAGCCUUUGGCUUAUCGGAACUGGAUUAUUCCAUCCGGAACCCCCAUCGGUAUGACGCUGCGGGAUGUCCUGCUCGAUCCAUCGAUAUUCGACGGCCCCUCGGAAUUCCAGCCGCAACGUUGGAUAGACACACCAAGUAACGGCUUGGAAUGGAUGCAAAACGCCUACGUGCCUUUUGGGCGAGGUAGUCGGAUGUGUGUUGGAUUGAACUUUGCUCAUGCGGAGCUCUAUCUAUGUCUAGGGUAUUUGUUUAGGAUUUCAAACCUGGAUCUCCACAACACGACGCGACGAGAUGUGGAGAUUACCAGGGACUGUUUCAUUGGUGAGGUAUCGGCAGAGAGUAAGGGAAUAAGAGUGAAAUUCUUCGAUAGCCCGAGUCAGGAUCCAGAUUGA